CUCAGUCCGGUCUGGCUCUUGUGGAAUCCGCUGUGUCUCUCGGUUCUUCGCUGCGGCGGAGAAAUAAGAUGCGGAGCAGCGGCGGAACCGGAGCCCGUGACCCGGAUCAGUCCAGAACCAGAGCCAGGCUAGCUGAAUCCUCCGGCCCGGCACGGCUCGGCUCGCAGACGGCAUGACCGCAGUAGCGGCAGCGGUGGAGGAGAGAGCGACAGAGACAGACUCCAGCCGCUGAUAGAGGCAGCUAGCCGGGCAGCUAACAGCGCGAUGACCGCGGAGGGAAGCGGCACGAUCCGCAGCCGCAUCAAGAACCUGCUGCGCUCCCCGUCCAUCAAACUGAGGAGGAGGAGCGGCGCGGCGCGGCACAAAGAGGACCUCAGCGACAAGGUGACCUUGGAGAAGGUGCUUGGUAUAACAGCUCCAGGGAACCGAGCGCUGGCCUGCGACCCCCGGACCGGACUGUUGGCUUAUCCUGCUGGGUGUGUUGUCGUCCUCCUGAAUCCUCGGAAGAACAAACAGCAUCACAUCUUCAACAGCUCCAGGAAGGCCAUCACCACGUUGGCCUUUUCUCCAGAUGGGAAAUAUGUUGUCACAGGAGAGAGCGGUCACAUGCCAGCAGUGCGGGUGUGGGAGGUGUCAGAGCGUCUCCAGGUGUCUGAGCUGCAGGAACAUAAAUAUGGCGUCUCCUGCGUGGCGUUCUCUCCCAAUGGAAAGUACAUCGUCAGUGUGGGAUACCAGCACGACAUGAUGGUGAACGUGUGGAACUGGAAGAAAAACAUCGUCGUUGCAGCCAAUAAAGUUUCCAGUAAAGUGACGGCCGUCUCCUUCUCAGAUGACAGCUCCUACUUUGUUACCGCCGGCAACCGCCAUGUCAAAUUCUGGUAUCUGGACCACGGCAAGACCUCCAAGGUCAACGCCACUGUCCCGCUGCUGGGGCGUUCAGGGCUGCUGGGAGAACUCAGGAACAACUUCUUCAGUGAUGUGGCAUGUGGGCGGGGCCGACAGGCCUCCUCCACCUUCUGCAUCACCUCCUCGGGUCUACUGUGCGAGUUCAACGACCGGCGACUCCUCGACAAGUGGGUGGAGCUCCGGAGAGUCGACUCCGCCUCAACCUCUCAGGCCACCUGUCUGUCCGUCACAGACGAGUUGAUCUUCUGUGGGUGUUCUGACGGGACCGUUAGAGCUUUCAGCCCCGUCAACCUGCACUUCCUCUGCACUCUGCCCCGCCCACACUUCCUGGGAGCUGACAUUGCCAGUAUGGUGGACGCCAGCCAGCUGUUCUCCUGCAGGUCGGAGGCUCGGUACCCAGACACGGUGGCGGUGACCUAUGACCCCACAAACCGCUGGUUGUCCUGCGUCUACAACGACCACAGUGUUUAUGUUUGGGACGUCCGAGACCUCAGAGACCCUCGCAGGGCGGGAAAACUUUACUCCGCCCUCUACCACUCCUCCUGUGUGUGGAGUCUGGAGGUGUACCCAGAGGGGGGAGGGGGAGGAGGAGGUGAGGUGCGUUUCCCCCCCGGCUCCUUCCUGUCCUGCUCGUCAGACAACACCAUCCGACUGUGGAACUUCGACGGACACAACGUCCUCAACAGGAACAUCCUGAGCCACGACCUGCAGAAGGUAAUUUACGUGGACGAUAACGUAACGAGCCUCCUGGACACGGAGAGCAUCACAAUCGCCGGGGGCAACACAGAGAAGGCGGGGUCAUCGGGCUCAGAGGGGCAGCAGACUGACCAGAGCAGGGCGGGCAUUAGGACCCUGAGAGUCAGUCCUGAUGGACAGCACCUGGCCUCUGGAGACCGCAUGGGGGUUCUCAGGAUCCAUGACCUGGACAGUAUGGAGGAAAUCCUGAAUGUUCAGGCUCAUGACUCAGAGAUCCUCUGCCUGGAGUUCUCCAAAGCAGACACUGGUCUCCAGUUAUUAGCCACGGCCAGUCGGGACCGUCUGAUCCACGUCCUGGAUGCAGGCAAGGAGUACAGUCUGGUUCAGACUCUGGACGAGCACUCGUCCUCCAUCACCGCCGUCAGGUUCGCAGCCAAUGAGGGGAAGGUGAGGAUGAUCAGCUGUGGAGCCGAUAAAAGCGUCUACUUCCGCACCGCUCAGCAGGUGGAGGGGGGGUUGGAGUUCACUCGGACUCAUCACGUUGUCAGGAAGACGACUCUGUACGACAUGGACAUCGAACCAACCAGGAAGUACGCAGCCGUGGGCUGUCAGGACCGCAGCAUCAGGAUCUUUAACAUCAGCAAUGGAAAACAGAAGAAGUUGUAUAAAGGCUCUCUGGGAGAGGAUGGCACUCUCAUUAAGGUGCAGAUAGACCCGUCGGGUCUCUACAUUGCCACUUCCUGUUCAGAUAAGAACAUCAGUAUAUUCGACUUCUACUCUGGAGAGUGUGUGGCCACCAUGUUCGGACACUCGGAGAUAGUAACAGGUCUGAAGUUCAGCAGUGACUGCAGACACCUGAUCACAGUGUCUGGAGACAGUUGUAUCUUUGUGUGGCGUCUCAAUCCAGAGCUGACCAUCAGGAUGAGGCAGCGACUCGCUGACCUUCGACCUCCCAGCAGCAACCACAGUUCCCAGAAUGCACCUCAGCCAAGAGUGGUAAACCUCAGCAGGGAGGCGGAGUCUCCUCGUGUCGUCACCAUGUCGUCUGACAGUGACAAAGAGGAAGAAGAGGAGGAGGAGGAGGAGCUCAGAUGUCCUUAUAUGGGCACAGCAGGACGCCUGGAGGAGGAGACAGACGUGUGCGAUGAGAAGUUCAACUCUCUGGACUCUCAGUGCUGCAGGAAGGAGGCGUCAGGAGGUCGACUCCCCCGCCGUCGCUGGUCCAGGAGGACGGGCAGCGCCGACGGUGUCCUGAUGGUGAAGUCCAUGUUGGACCUGAGACUGCUGGACUCGUACUGCCCCGACAGACGGGAGGAGCAGCAGGUGGAGCAGGAGGAGACCUGCCCCCUUGAUGUUAAACCCACCCCUUGUAGCCCAAGGAGGAGGGGCCAGGUUGUGGAGGCGGGACUUCACAGGACCAAUCAGGAGCUAGGGAGCACCAUCAGUCUGCAGGUCACCACUGCAUGGGGGGAGGACGAUGAGGCAAGGACCAAUCAGAGGCCAGACUUCAUCCUGCUGUCCAAUCAGAGCCCGGACAGGGAGGAUCCAGUGCUGUAUCCUGACCAAUGGGAGGACAGACUGAGCCUGGCAGGCAGUGAGUUCCAGGUGAAGGAGGCGUGUCCUGCCGCUGCAGGUGGACGACAGGACAAACCCAGUCCAGACAGCGGCUGCUCACUGGGAUUCAGCUCCAGACUGUCCAGUCCAGACAGACCUGCAGGAGACGACUCAGAGCCCACUGAGCCGCUCAGUGUGGAUGGAAACUCCUCUGAGCUAGAGAUGGAGGAGGAGGAUGACGAGGACGGAGGAAGAGGAGGAAGAGGAGGAGGAGGUGUAGGAGGAGGAGGAGCAGGAGGAGGGGAGGUGGCGGUGUCACAGCAGGUCCCCCCGACUCCAGACCAGGAAGCUUUCCUGAAGGAGCACUUUGUCACGCUGGCCGACCUCUCGGCCUCAGGUACAUCAGGUCGAGCUGCAGGUGUUGAGCCCGUGUGGUGUGUUUCAGCUCAGUCACAUGACCUUGUGUUGACAGGGAGUCCGAGCAGAGCGUCGCACAGCUCCAGUGAGAGUCUCAGCAUCUCCUCCAGGUUCCUCUCCCAGAAUUCAACUGGAAGUCGAGCUGUGAUUCCUCUCCCAUCCCGGAGCAGCGGGGGAGGAGGACCAGGGGAGGUCAAGGCCCGUCCUCUGGUCUCUGAGGUCCGACCUCUGAUGGAGCAGAACCAGCACAGGAGCCAGGACAGAAGGGUAUCAUGGAACCAGGACCAAACCCAGAAACAGAACCAGGACCAGACCUCCUCACUUCAGGACCAGAACAGAACCAACCAGGACCAAACAGAACCUCCUCAGGUCAGGAACCAGAUCCAGCAGGAUGACGAUCAGCUCCAGAGCUCGGUUCAGGAGGACGAGAGCUCCUUGGCUCUACAGGCCCAGCGGCCCUCCCCGCUGAAGAAGAAGAUCCAGACAUCUAUAGAGUCCAAAAGGAACCUGGGACCAACGGCCCGGGCCGCCGCCGCCCAUCUGAACCCGUCUGGACUCCGGAAGGCGCAGUCAGUCCAAAGCCUGCUGAGCGACACAGGUGACAUCUCUUUCUCCCAGUCGCCCUCUCGCCCGUCCAGAGAGGUCCCCCCUCAGCUGCUCCUCCCCCCUCAGCGUCCCACCACUCUUCCUUCCUCCCCCAGACGCCCCCCCUCAUCCACAAUCCCGCCCCCUCAGAGACCCAGCCCCGCCUCCCCCAGGUCCCCGCAGCAGGAAAUGGCCGCCGCUCCGUCUAUGACCACACCGAGGAAGUCUUUGUCCUCCUCCUCGACGCCGUCGGCGCCGCGCUCCUACAUGAGCCCCACCGCCAGCUCCAUGGCCAAGAUGUCCCGCUCCGUCUCCGUGGGUGACGGACUCAACAUCACCGAACCUGCAGAGGAUCCUGCAGUGACAUCAUCAUCAUCAUCAUCAUCAGUGGUUACCUCCUCCAAUCAGGUCAAAGAGACGCCACCUCCUCUGGUUGCCGUGGUGCCCUCCAACGCAGCUCUGGCUACGCCCCCCCAUGUUGCAGUUGUCCCCGUUGUCGCCGCCUCUCCCUCGACUUCCUCUCUGGGUAACCAUGGUAACCAGACGGCCCCUCCCCCCCGUGGUCUCCAGGCUCGGGUCCCGGGCAGCAGCAGACCGCUGCCUGACAAACCCUCCCUCGCCUCCUUCUCACCAUCAUCCAAGACCGCUGCCACCUCCUCAUCUUCCUCCUCCUCCUCCUCCUCCUCGUCUUCCACGUCUCGGCCUCCUCCGGUCUCUGUCUCCCCCCUGGCUCCCCCCCAGCAGGAGGAGGAGCCUCCGACUACUACAAGUGGAAGUGCAGAGCAGAGGGACGACGCAGACCAGCCAGUCAGUGUGGAGACCUGCAUGGCUCUGACCAAUGAGCUGCAGAGCUGCUUUAAGAGAGCCACACACCUGUACAGGAAGGUGAGCAGCUCCUCCACUGAUGACCCCGCCCCGGACCAGCGUCAGAUGGCCAUCCUCCUAUCAGAGGCCUUCCAGGCCAUGAGGGCGGAGCUAGACUCCCUGCCGCUCAGUGCACCGAGCAUGCUGGGAGUGGAGGGGGGGCUGGGAGGAGUGGGGGAGGUGAAGACAGCGGCUCUGCUGGAGGAGUAUUCUCUGCUUCUGCUGCAGGCCGUACACAGGAGGAUCAACACCUCCACAUACUGACCCACUCCUCCUCCUCCUCAUCUCCUCCUCAUCUCCUCCUCCUCCUCCCCUCCUCCUCAUCUCUUCCUC